GGCAGCGUUACACCUGCACCGUUUUGCGCGCGAGCAAGGUCUACGCUUUGGAAAGAGAGAGAGAUAGAAAAAAAGAAAAAGUUGGCCUCGCGACGGUCGGUUACGCGCGAGCCUGGAGUUUGGGAGCGCGCGCUCUGUGGCUGAAGGGCAAAAAGGAGGAAAGCGACUCCGCCAAACGAGCCUAUGACUUUAUCGCAUCUCAACGCGAUUCGCUGUCACAUUCACACCGUGAGCGCUCGGCAGCCCGCAGGCGAUCCCUAGAGCGGAAUAAAAAGCGAAACCCGCUCUGCGUGCGUUCACAGAAACGUCAUCGUGUUUGAGCUGAGCGGAGGCAGGCGCGAGCCCGAGCCGUGACCUAGCGAAGGGCCACCACGAGCCGAGGAGAGGGAGACGCUCAUAGAGGCACUGGGGUCGCUCUCAGCGCCUGGGAAGGGGGUGCUGAACGCAGUGGAGGUCUUUUAGCUUGUGCUUAAUGACAGGGGCGUGUAGUGGCCUGCUGUUUCUAUCUGUUAUAACGGGGCUCUGCCUGUCUCUCUCUCUCUCUCUCUCUCUCUCUCUCUCUCUCUCUCUCUCUCUCUCUGUAGCCAGCAACUGCGAUCCGGAGAGAUUAUAACGGGCAACUCCUCUGUGCUGAGAAGUGCGUGGACAUUUAUUUGGAUUACACAGCCCAAACUUGCCCACCGUUGUGCGCGAGUCUGACGCAGCGUCGGUUAGACAGUGAUCUGUCCGAGCCGGGUGAAAGGUCUCAGCAUCAUCCGGACCGACCGACCACCUUCAUCCGUCCUCCGAACUUAACUGCACCUGCGUCCUGCUCGCUCACAUGAAGCAAUGACAAGGGCAGUGCUCGCCCUGGCUUUUGAAGCUCAGCUUGGGGAAUUAUCAUGGUCUCGAUUCCGGGCUCUGGGUCCAGUGGAUGUAAAGAUUGAGAGCCGUGUUUGGGUACAGUAGUAACCAGCGGAGUCAUUUAAACCAAAGUGGGCUUUAGACUUGCCUGGACUUAGACUUGCAACAACCAACCAUGGGCACAAGGCUGCAAGUUCUUCUCGGCAUGUUUCAGUUCGUGUCCCUCGCCAGAGUCCCAGCGCACUGUGCCCAGGAACCGUUAGCUCACUGGCAGCCCACAGAGAGACACAGAUCUGAACAAGUCAUCAGAUGGUUAGAUGUGUAUGAGCGGAGUGGCUGCCAGCCGAGGGAGACGUUAGUGGAGGUGUGGCAGGAGUUCCCAUGGGAGACGCACAACCUCUUCCUGCCAUCAUGUGUUCCUCUCAGACGCUGUGGGGGCUGCUGCUCUGACGAGGCCCUCGAAUGCGUUCCCUCACACACAGAUAUACUCACCAUGGAGCUGAUGAAAGCCACGUACAUGAAGCACGAAAUAGUGCAGCUUUCCUUCGUAGAACAUAGCCAGUGUGAGUGCAGGCUAAAAGAAGGACUUCAUGUGGAGCCAACCAGGGAAACAAGAAGAGGAAAGAAAAGGGAGAGGGGAAAACCAAAACGAAAGAAACAUGUCAGGAUAAAACCUACGACUCCAGUCCCUUCCACACCUCCCCCUCCUACUCUCCCACCUAGCACACCCCCUCCUCCUCCUUCUGCCGUGGUCCAGUGCCCCCCUUGCCCUGGCCGGAGGAUGAUAACACAGCCCCCUACCUGUGAGUGCACGUGCAGUCUGAAAGAGAUGAGUUGCACAAAGAGAGGCAAGAGACUCAACCAGCACAGCUGCAGAUGUGAGUCCAUAAGGGUAUAACGAGGUGAGAGUUCUCUCUGUCCCCUGGUUACAAGCACAGUAACCUCAUCCAUCUGUUAAGAAGGUGAAAGGUUUAUCCAUGCUCAGUGUCUUUAUCGUGGAGUUCUGGAGUAGAGGUCACCUCAUGAAGAGUAGCUGGAUUCUAGGACAUGAACCUUUUCCCCUCAAUUCUCCUGCCCCAGCACAUUUAGUGCAGUGUUAGAUGCAUGUAUUCAGAUCGGUAUCUGUGUUCCAGUGUGUAUGUGUCACCGAAUCUCAUCAUAAAGUUUCUAAAGCAUCUUGCUGCAACAGUCCACCCCAUCUGCUGUGAGGAGUGGAAGAAAUGGCCAAUGGAGACACAGGAGAAGGAUGGUGGACAUGAUGGCACAUUCCCUAGUCUUCGCUCACCUUUAACCUGUGGAUUAUAUGAUAGAAAUAAGGAGAUUAAGCCUCCCCUGAUACGAUGGGCUAAGGGAAUUAUGAGAAUCCUUUCUACUGCUCAAAAUUGGAACCAUAUGUUGUUGGUUGCAGCUACACUAAUGAUAAUUAGUGUAAACCCAGUGGAAAGGAUAAUGUCCACAUUCAAAAAUGUGCAUAAUUUUAAAAGAAUUAAAAAUUGACCAAACAGAAAAUUUGAACCUGUUGCUCAGAGGACUCAAAUGUCCUGCUCACCAGUCAUGAAGACGUCUCUGCUUCUGACUGAGGGGCUGGCAUUGAGAUGUGCUGAAUGGAUGGAUGUGCGUCUGUGUGGUCUCCGUAUUGAAUGAUUAAGGAUCCAUGCAUGAGGCUUGGUUUAUUCUAGGUCUCUGUAAGCCUAUCAUGUGGCCUCAAGGGACUGUAUCAAUAAGGCUUUUUGUGUUUGUUUGAUUUGUUUGUUUUUUUUUGUCUCACUCUUUCCUUUGAGAAAUGAAUGAGUCUUUUCCUCAAGCCAGUCAGUGAGGGGAAUGUCAAUAGUAAAAGGAACCUGGCUAUAUUCCACUGGUGCUCACACAUACACACAACAACCUUUCUCACCCAUUCCCAUACACUGUCUUUCUCAUCAUUCUUUUUACUUUCGUCUUUCUUUUAAUUUGUCUAUGCACAUGGUCUUUUCUCUCUUUUACUUGUUUUAUGUUCCUAUGUCUCUAUUGCUCUCACACAGACUCAGACAAAUAACAAACAGGUAAAUGUAAGCUUUUCUUUGUUAAUAUUAAAAAAAGAGAAGAAAUGUCUAUCACAUUCAAUUGUUAUGUAAGUUCUACUAAUGUUAAUGUAGCCUCAUUUUGUUCGUUUGUAGUGUCUUUGUUGUUUAGUGUUUUUGUUUGUUUGUUUUCUGUUAAUCUGUCUUAAAGAAACAGCCUGGGUGGCCUGCUGUGUGCACAUUCCUAGCUCUACAUGUGGGUAUGUGUUCGAUUCAACCAGAAAGGCAAGGAGAAUCAAGUGCAGAGAAAAGUCUGUUGAUUCAAUUGCAACCACAAAUCUCAGCAGUAGAUAUACAAAUGUGUAAAAAAAACAUGAUCAUAAUGUUCAUUUGUGAGUUUAAGAAUCUGUUGUAUUCUGCACUGACUGUAGGGUGUCUGAAAUAUAAUGUAUUUAUUUUUAUAUUGAGUUGCAUUUUAUAUCAAGCUUUUUAAUGUUGCUUUGAAAUAUUUUUGUGACAUGCAUUAGACUACAACUGUGAGACUGUUAGUAUUAUCUUAGAUGAAAUAUCAUUCAGUAUUCCAUCUGGAAUCACACAUCGGUCAUAGCCAUCUGUCAAUGCUCAGGUCCAUAUGAUGAAAUGAUCUGGAAGUCGCGAAUAUAUACUGUACAUUUAGGUGAAGGUUAAAAACGGUGUCCAUAUAUUUGCCACAGCCACUCAACAUACCUUGAAGUCUCAUUUUGUAGCCAAUCCAAACAAUGAUGCAAACAAGGGACGCUGAGAUUUUGCAAUAUUACAUUGAAUUGAAUGCCCUUAAACAUACCAUUUAUUUAGUAUAUAUCUGCAAUAAUGUAAAUAAAAUGAUCCCUGGCUGUCUGCUUCCUUCAAGCUAUAGGAAUGGCUCCUCAUCCCAUUUUCUAUAGUUCUCCCCAUGAACUCUCGACCCAUUUAUUUGUGCAGCUUUGUUAUGAUAACUUUUUUCCAUGUAUUGACCAGGCACUGUGGUGUCCUGUCGUUCAGCUAAACUCUAGUUCUCUGUCGAAUGACUGUAAUCCAAUACCUCGGUAAAUUAUUCCAGACAUCAUCCUCCUUUACCUAGUGAAGUAUAUCACACCACUCACUGUAUAGUUGACUAAAUUCACUGCUACAGGCAUAGAAAUGAAACCAUGGAAAUAUAAUAAGCAAAUAUACCAACUGCAUAUACUGUAUAUGAAUGUAGUCGUCAAAUUCACUGUUUCUGUGCUCCUUCAGUAAUGUACAGAAAGUAUCCUAGAAUCCAAACGCAUUCCGACUUUGUGUGAGUCAAGAUACAUGGCUUUGAAAGAGAGCUGAAACCAAAUUAGAAGCCACUCUAUAAAGCUAUACUCUAUAUUCUGUGUACCCUGUAUGUGUAUAAUGGUAAUAAUCAAUAGUCUUACUGCUGCUACACCAUUUGUGCCCUAUUCUCCUGUUUGUGAACAAGUUUGUGUUACAGUGUACAAUCUGAGGGUCAGAACACGUAUUCAUCAGAAUUAUGUCUACAAUGUGUAUAUAAGCUGACGCAUUCAACAGACAUCCAAUCAGCAACAGCCAUCAUGUAAUGUUCAAUAUACUGUAUUAUUAAAGUGAAAUGUCCUAUUUUUGAGAAA